GGCAAACACUGAAACACCAACGUUCGGGCAUUAUUAUCACGUCGCGUGAGGGCGCAGCGUGUGCGUACUGUCGCGUGUUGGUCGUUGCGGAGCUGAAAAUCGGUGAGUGCGAGCCCAAGCUUUGAAGCUUAGCAUAGCCGAGUUCUCUCGCUCGCUCCGUCUCUGUCUUGCUCGGAAAAGAUAGUAUGUGCACCGAGGUAAUGGUGGAGGCACAAGAGAGCUAACAGCAACAGCAUUUUACGCAUCCCGCGCACCAGAGCUGGCAAAUGGCGGGUGACAGCAGUGCUCGCGUGAACGAGGAGCGCGUUCGCCAAAAGUUCACGUUUAGCCUAGACAACUUUCCGGCUUGACUUAGUACUUCACCUUUGACCACAUUACUCCUCUGCUCCAUCUUGACCUGUGUGUCAGAAGAGCUUUACUAUUCGACUCGUGCAGUACACCAAUAGUAGAGUAGUAGUAAGUCUGACGAAGAUAGUAGGAUUGUGCGCGCUACCUCUUACACUGUCGCGCGCGCAAGAUAAUUGAUAUAACCUACAAAAAUACGUACCCCGUUCCUCGAGAAAGAGAAGACAAGUGUCGAACUGGAAGUUCUGUGUGUUGUUCACCGAAACUGAUAAUCGACACCAUCAUCACUAGGCUGUGUUCAUUCUUUUCUCUCGAUCACUCGAGUGAUUGGAUCUCGGCGAUCGGGACUGAUCCGACUGUUUACAUGUGUGAACGAGUCCGUGUGCCUGAAAAAGCGAAGAGCAAUGCAAGCCGAGCUAAUGUAUCGCAAAAGCAUGCCGAUGUCGGCGACGGCUGGAGUUGGGGCGGCAACGGCAUCGCACCAAGUGGUGAAGCACGAAAGUCGUGAUUCGCGCGAGACCAUUCACUCGGGUCACUUCAUGGUCUCGGAUUUCGAGGCCGAAGCACAAGACGACGAAGAUGAGCUUGCGGUGCCGGUGCCCGAAGAGGAAGCCGCUCGACUCGCCAUCAUAGCACCCGUCGGCUUCUCUCUCGAGCGAUUUGUCUCCAGUUCCAACGCCGUUGACAAGAGCGCACAACAACUUAGUAUCGAAACUUCUCUCAACAAACUCUUCCAGUGCAUGUCGCUGGCCUACAGACAGAAACUGACGUCGCCUAAAUGGAAUCGCUUUAAAGGUAUUCGCUUGCGAUGGAAGGACAAAAUUCGUCUGAACAACGUCAUAUGGCGAUGUUGGCACAUGCAAUUCAUACUAAGGCAGAACACACUAGUGUGCCAAUUCGCAUCUCCACUUGACGUAGACACGCAUAAUAAGCCCGAGGCCGUCGUCUUGGAGGGUAAAUACUGGAAACGAAAACUCGCCGCCGUCACAGCUGAAUACAAGAAAUGGCGCAUGUUCUACCGGAACAAAAUCCUCGGCUGGACGAACAAAGAUGGCAUGGAUAUGUUGGAAUCGAUGGACACUCUGGAAUGGUGCGGCGGUCCGAGCAGCGUGGGAAUGUAUGGGAGCGGCUUGGGCAACUCGUCAGGCGGAGUAUGCGGCACCCCAGGAGAUGGUGUGCACAGCAUGAUGGUUGACGAGGAUUACAUGGAGCUCAUGACCGACACACUUUUCUCAACCAUCAGCUCCAAUCAGCCACUUUAUUUUCCCGAUCCACGUGAAAUCGCGCGAGGAGCUAGCCUUGCUGAUUUCAUACAACCGAGUUUAGGACCUUUGCAACCAAAUUUAGACGACUUCAUCGACACGUUGGAGCCACUUCAAGAGUUCCUAAGCUCGCGGCUACCACCGGUGCCCGAGGAGGACGUCUUCCACGGAACUUCGCUGAGUAAUAACUACCCAGAGUUGGACCUAAUGAAUCAAGUGGCUUCAGGCAAUACUUCGGCCAUCACCGACUCUUCGGUCAUGCAAGCUGCUGCUGCUGCUAAUCAACAACAAUCCAUGCAGACGGACGACGCGAGCGUCGCUUUGCAAAACCUCCAGUAUACUGCCAAGAUUUACACGCAAACACAGAAUGAUGCCGCCAAUGUCUUCAGGAGUAAUGUUAAUGUUAAUGACAACUUCAAUUCGUUGCAACAAAACUACGCUCAACAAAUGCAACAGCAGCAGCCACAACCUGCCUCUCAACCAGUCAGAGAGAAACAGCCACGGCAAAGUAGGGCUGCAUUACGUUCGAGUCGUCUAGCCCAGCAGCAACAGCAGCAGCAACAACAGCAGCAACAACAGCAAACAUAUCAGACUGUGCAGCAGCAGCAGCAACAGCAACAUUUGUCGUAUCAAACUCAACAAAGGAAUUAUCCUAUGGAAAUUCAAACGACUCCGAUCGUUACGCCCAACAACCAAAUGCAGCUUGCUAUAGCCGAACAAACUAGUCAGCAUGUUCAAUCUCUUAUGAACCAGCAUCAACAAAACUUCGUUCCUUCGGAGACGCAGCAAGCUCAACCAGUUCAGAAACAACUCAAAUCCAGUUUGCCGAAUAAACCUUAUAAUAAAGUAUCCAACACGGGUUACAAGUUUCAACCACCACCUCCUACAUUCAAUGCUCAGCAAUGUAAAUUCACUACUAAUAAUAUUAAGGUACUGCCAAUGCAGCAACAGCCGGUGGUCGCAGUGACGGCUCCACAGCCGGUGCAACCGCAUGUGCUUUUGCAGUGUAAAUCGUCGAUUCCAACCGAUCUUACUGCGCCAGCCCUACAUCCGACCAAACUGUUGCCGCGACCUAGCGCUCAAGCACCUGUCGAGGUUAAGGAGGAAGUCUUUGCCGUGCCAAAAUAUCAAAUGAAAGUAAGAAACAGAUCUCGAAGUAGCUCGUCGUUAUCAGCCCCAAGAAUGCACCCACCACCUUUAGUAUCAGCUGUCAGCGAUCCAGCAUUAAACUUGAAUAGCAACGUUCUUCUCGCACACUUACUCACUAACAAUUCAUCGAAUUUAUACACAGUAAGCUCCGGUCCUGAUAAAGUGUCUGCUCAACCUGUUGGCGUUAAACACAUUUUGCCAAUGUUACCGUCAACUAUGGCAUGUAGUACACAAAUUACUCAUACCACUCACCAUAUCACUACUCCUAUCGCGGUGCAAACGAUGCACAACACCGCUAAUGUACAAAAUCAAGCUCAACAGUCGGGUUCCAGUCAGUCGAUUCUGUUGAAUACAAGUCAACCGACACACCAAUCCCAAAGCAGCAAUCCAAACUCGCCAAAGGACGGCUCAAACGCACAUAGUCCACAGGGUCUUAGUCCGAGUCCAUUACACAGUCCAAUGAGCAUUGGCAGUCCUUUAUCUCCUAGUCGAGGUUACGUCAAAGGUGAUCCAGAGCGUGGGCAGUACAAAGAACAGCGUCGUGUCGGGCACAUACAUGCCGAGCAAAAACGCCGGUAUAAUAUAAAAAACGGAUUUGACAUGCUUUACAGUCUUAUACCGCAGCUUAGUCAGAAUCCCAACACGAAAAUGAGUAAAGCGGCAAUGUUGCAAAAAGGCGCCGAAUAUAUACGUUUACUUCGAUCUGAAAGACAUCAGUUAAAGGAUGAAAUGGACAAAUUGAGGUCGCAAAUAGAUUCAUUAAAUGCAUCAAUAAGUAAUUGCCAAGCAAUGUUACCUGCCACUGGAGCUCCAGUUUCUAGACAGAGAACGAAUAAAAUGAAAGAAAUGUACGACGAAUAUGUUAGAACCAGAACUCGAGAGAAUUGGAAAUUUUGGAUCUUUAGUAUAUUGUUGGAACCUUUGAUGGUGUCUUUCAAUUCUUCUGUAUCAACAGCAAGUUUAGAAGAUUUAUACAGAACAACGAUACUUUGGGUAGAGCAGCAUUGUUCAUUAGUAGAUCUUAGACCAGCUGUUCUCAAUUCGUUGAGGUAUCUAUGUACAGCUACGGAUAUUCUCAAUGAUCCGUCUCGUCUACCAGAAGAAGCUCUCGCAGCCGUGAAUCAAAGUGAACGGCAAAAGUCAAUACAGUGAGAACGAUUUCAAUUAAUGUGUGCAUUACUAUGAUAAGUAAGAAUUCGUGAAGGGCACGAAUACUUAAAUAAUUUAAUAGCUUUUCCAUUGUUGGAAAAAUUUCAAGAGCACCUAAAAAAAAUUGAAGUGCAAGACUUGGAUUUUUUAUUUUUAUCGGCUAUCAAGAAAAACAUAGCUUUGUGACUAGAUAAUUCUUUAUUUUUUUCAUAUUAUGACGUAUUCUUAUUUAUAAAAACAAAAAUUUAAUUUCAAAACUUUGUGAGUAUUCUGCCCAACACUUGCCUAACAAUUUACAUUAUAUGAGAGUAGAAAGCUAACAAAGAAUAGAAAAUCAUUCCACAUUUUAAUUAAAAUCUUCAUCUUUGACGAUUCACUCUCAAAUUAAAAAUUUGUUUGCACAAAGUCAAUCUAAGAAACCAGGUUACCAGAGGACUGAAGAAAAUAUUUUUAUAAAUUUUAACACUAAAUUAUGUGUAAGCAAGUGACUUGUUACAUGCAAGCAGCAAAAUAUAUUAUAAACAAGCUUGCAGAAAAUAAUCUGUUAUUUAGUGUGUUAAAGUUGAUAACUUAAUUUUUGCGGUUUCGUACAAGGCAUUGAAGAUUUUACAAUACGGUGGAGGCGUAAGUUUUGCAAAUAAUUUUUUAGAUAAAAUUGUUGUUAUGUUUAUGAGAGCAUGAUGUACAUGCUAAAAAAAAACUUUAUGAAUGCGACCGAUAUUACACUUGAAUUGAAGUUUAGUUUGUUAUAUCGCGUAGAGUAGUAUAGACCUACCUUUUUUCAAUUAAUCAGUUCUAGAGAUUAUUUGUAUUUGCGGGUUCGAUAUGGGAUAAACCAUAGGACUGUGCCUGUAUGGAGUAAAAUGAUAUUUACAAGACAAAUAGCUACAAUAAAGCUUGUUAUACACAUUCUACUCACAAAUUAUACGUAUGUUGAAUCGACGAUGUUAUGUAAUACGAGAUUUUAUUAUGAAAUUUCAUGUGAUAAUGUAAAAAAAUCUUAUUGCAGUUCAAUUUUUAGAUAGAUUAUAAUUGUAAAAAACUUUUGUACGUCACCAAAUGUCAUUAUUGUUAAUAAAUAUUAUCGAAA